AUGUCUCAAAGCAAAUUAAGAAAAGCCAUUGGGGCAGUGAAGGAUCAAACAAGCAUAGGUCUAGCCAAGGUGGGAAGCAGCAACUCACUUUCAGACCUUGAUGUGGCCAUUGUGAAGGCAACAAGGCAUGAUGAAUACCCUGCAGAAGAGAGACAUGUUAGGGAGAUUCUCAGCUUAACAUGUUACUCUCGGGCAUUCAUCAGUGCAUGUGUUAACACCCUCUCUAGGCGUCUAAGCAAGACUAGCAGUUGGACAGUGGCUUUGAAAACACUAGUUUUGAUUCAAAGGUUGCUAACAGAUGGUGAUCAUGCUUAUGAGCAGGAAAUAUUCUUCUCAACCAGGCGUGGAACUCGCCUUCUCAACAUGUCUGAUUUUAGGGACCAGUCAAAAUCUAAUUCAUGGGACUUCUCUGCAUUUGUUCGCACGUAUGCAUUAUAUCUAGAUGAAAGGCUUGAGUACAGGAUGCAAAACAGGCGUGGAAAGCGUAGCAGGUUUGGUUCUGAUGAAGAUGAGGAGGAACCAAGGGAAAGAGAAAGAGAUAGACAUAGAGAAAGAGACAAGGAUAGAGAAGUCAAUGUGAAAGCCACACCAGUGCGUGAAAUUAAGACUGAGCAACUAUUUUCCAAAAUGCAGCAUUUGCAGUUGCUGCUUGAACGCUUUUUAGCUUGCCGCCCCACAGGAAGAGCAAGAACCCAUCGAAUUGUUACAGUGGCUCUCUACCCCAUUGUGAAGGAGAGUUUUCAAAUAUAUCAUGACAUGACAGAAAUACUGGGCAUCUUAAUUGAUCGUUUCACUGACAUGGUAGUACCAGAAUGCAUUAAGGUGUAUGACAUUUUCUGCCGUGUUGGAAAGCAGUAUGAUGAGCUAGACUUGUUCUAUAGCUGGUCCAAAAGUAUUGGAAUUGCCCGCUCUUCUGAGUACCCAGAUAUUGAGAGGGUCACCACAAAGAAGCUAGAGAUCAUGGAUCAGUACAUCAAAGAGAAGUCCCACUUAGCACAAACCAAGAAACUUAAUACCCAAGAAGAAAAGAAUGAAGAAGAAGAAGCUGAACCAGAAGAGGAUAUGAAUGCAAUAAAGGCACUGCCACCACCAGAAGAAUUCCAUGAAGAACAACCAGCAGAAGUGAAGGAAGAGAUAAUGGAAAAAGAGCCGAAAGAAGAAAAAGUGGUGCAAACAGAGGGCGAUCUGUUGAAUUUAGAAGAUGAUUUCGUGACAAAUCAAGAACAUGGGGACACACUAGCCUUGGCAUUAUUUGAUGGCGCUGCACCAGCAACAAGUGCCACACAAGCUCUUCCAUGGCAUGCUUUUGACGAUGGGGCAGAUUGGGAAACAGCACUGGUCCAAUCAACUAGCAACUUGUCUAACCAGAAGCCAUCAUUAGGUGGUGGCUUUGAUACAUUGUUGCUGAAUAGCAUGUAUAAACAAGCAGAAACAAAUGCAGCUAUGCAGGGACUCAGUUAUGGGGUUAGUGGCAGUGCUAGCAGUCUGGCACUGGGGUCAGCUGGAAGGCCUGCAAUGCUAGCAUUGCCAGCACCACCAACAUCAAGAAGCGGUUCAAGUUCAGCAAGCACAGAUCCGUUUGCAGCUUCAUUGGCCGUGGCACCUCCAGCUUACAUUCAAAUGUCAGAGAUGGAGAAGAAACAGAGGUUAUUAAUGGAGGAACAGGUAAUGUGGCAGCAAUAUGCAAGGGCUGGCACGCAAGGACAAGUGGCAUUCACACAAACACAACCUAAUAAUACUUACAUGGGAGGGUAUCCACAAAACUACGGGUAUUAUUAUCAUUAA